ACCUGCAGAGUAUGGAAGAUAAUGAAAAAUUGUUUAAGUGAUAUUCAAACUUUACUUGAGGAAUUCUCUCUCUGACUGUCAAUAUUGCCAAAAUAAUUAAAAUGACCAAGCUAACGAGUCAAAGUAAUCAAGUGAUUGAAAUCGCUAAUGACUUUCGACUUUGUUCAAUCAAUCAUUGUUCUGCAUGUAGGCAUAAACGCGUAAAAACAUUAUGCGCGAUUCAUGUUUCCUCGAAUGCUAUAUUAUAUAUAUUUGCCUCUAAUUUUACAUUGAUUAUUUAAACUUUUUUUUAACCAAGACCAGCAUUUGGCGCGUCUUCUCUCUAUUCCUUGCCACGUAUUCGUGUCCUUUGAUCCCUGUGCACUACUGUGCAUUACGUUACAGUGCACUCCAUAGAUCGUAUUCCAAUUAAAGUCCAAACCCAUCAAAUUUUUAUAUAAGCAAUUUCUCUUUCUCGCUGUGAAAACACGAAUAUUAAACUUUCAAGAUGAAUCGUUUUAUGAAAGUUCUCAAGAGUAAAGAAACUCGCGAUUAUUUCAUGAGCACGCACUUUUGGGGACCCAUUGCUAAUUGGGCGAUACCGGUUGCUGCCAUCGCCGAUAUCCAGAGGGAUCCCAAAUACAUUAGUGGUAAAAUGACCUUUGCCUUAUGCUUAUAUUCAGCAAUGUUCAUGAGAUUUGCAAUCAAGGUGCAACCACGCAACAUGCUUUUAUUUGCCUGCCACUUUGUCAAUGAGGGUGCACAAAUUACGCAAGGUUGUAGAUUUAUUAAGCAUCACUAUCUUAGUAAGAAAGAACAAUAGUCGAAAGAUAUACAUGAUAUUAACUUUAAAAUAAUAGGACUUUGUAUUAAUAUAUAUAA